CGCCAUACCAUGGCCCAUAUUAAAUACCUGCGUGCUGCUGUCUCAGGAUUCUAUCUGUGGGAAGCUGCGGUGCUGCUCAGUUUGGUUGCCACCAAGGAAAUUGACAGUGCGAGAUCCCGUAGUAUGCCCAUGUCUCCUUCGGAUUUUCUGGAUAAAUUAAUGGGAAGAAUGUCUGGCUAUGAUGCAAGAAUCAGACCAAAUUUCAAAGGGCCUCCAGUAAAUGUUACAUGCAACAUCUUCAUUAAUAGUUUUGGAUCCAUUGCAGAAACAACAAUGGAUUAUCGAGUGAACAUUUUUCUCCGUCAGAACUGGAAUGAUCCACGCCUUUCUUAUAGUGAAUAUCCAGAUGACUCUUUAGAUUUAGAUCCAUCCAUGCUGGAUUCAAUCUGGAAACCUGAUUUAUUUUUUGCCAAUGAAAAGGGUGCCAACUUUCAUGAAGUAACAACUGACAAUAAAUUGCUUCGAAUUUUUAAAAAUGGAAAUGUUCUUUAUUCUAUCAGGUUGACUUUAAUUCUUUCUUGUCCAAUGGAUCUCAAAAAUUUUCCAAUGGAUGUCCAGACCUGUAUAAUGCAACUGGAAAGCUUUGGUUAUACAAUGAAUGACCUUGUAUUUGAAUGGCAAGAAAACGGUGCUGUACAAGUAGCUGAAGGACUCACUUUGCCACAGUUUUUGUUGAGAGAAGAUAAAGAUCUUUGUUACUGCACAAAACACUACAAUACAGGAAAGUUUACCUGCAUUGAAGUUCGAUUCCAUCUUGAAAGGCAGAUGGGAUAUUAUCUCAUUCAAAUGUAUAUUCCCAGUCUCCUGAUUGUCAUACUAUCAUGGGUGUCAUUUUGGAUCAACAUGGAUGCCGCUCCAGCUAGAGUAGCUCUAGGUAUAACAACUGUACUCACUAUGACAACCCAGAGUUCAGGAUCACGGGCUUCACUCCCAAAGGUAUCAUAUGUCAAGGCUAUUGACAUCUGGAUGGCUGUUUGCUUGCUUUUUGUGUUCUCGGCGCUUCUGGAGUAUGCAGCUGUAAAUUUUGUGUCAAGACAACAUAAAGAAUUGUUAAGAUUUCACCGAAAGAGAAAGAAGAAUAAGGAUGAUGAUAUAAGGGAGAAUCGGUUCAAUUUUACAGGCUAUGGAAUGAGCCCACCAUGUAUACAAGCAAAGGAUGGAGUGGUUCCAAAAGGGUCCAAUAAUCCAGUUCAGUCUGCAUCCCUUACUCUUGAAGAAAUGAGGAAGGUAUUCAUUGAUCGGGCCAAGAAAAUUGAUACCUUAUCCCGAGCCUGUUUCCCUUUAGCCUUUCUUAUAUUCAACAUUUUCUACUGGGUUAUCUAUAAAAUUGUUAGGCAUGAGGACAUUCACAAAAAACAAAAUUAA